UACACUUGUAACAUUUAUAUGCCUAACUUAUUACAUGUCUAGUUUUCACUCAACCUAUUCGUAAUAUUUUUCGAAAUCAUUUCGUCAGAUGUCACUCACUUCUCUAAUUCCUUUUAUGAAUUAGUUUUUUUUAUGGUCGUUUGAUGACGUUCCCGUAUAUACGAUUACGUAGAAUUGGCUUUUAAACUGCCACAAACAGAAUAAGCCUUAUUCACAAUUAGAUGGGAAUUUUAUUACGGCGUUUCGUGAAGUUUGCGACUAGAAGUGCUAUCGUUAUGUGCGGCCAGGAAAAUAAAAAAAUGAGCGUACAAGCCACUGUAGAAGAAUUGACACAUGUUUGUAUGGAGAAUCGGCGACUUCUUCAAGUUCUUGCUAAUGGCAAGUUGAAACAAGAACUCGCCCUGGAACACAUCAAGAAGUACGCUGACAUUGGAAUUACUGUUAACGACUUUCAAAAAGGAUUAGAAUGGUUCAAUGUAUCGGAAGGAUUGUCGCUGCGGGAUCAUCUUUCUGGCAAAGUUGUGGUACUGGAUUUCUUUACUUAUUGCUGCAUCAAUUGCAUGCACAUAUUGCCAGAUUUGGAUGUACUUGAGAAAAAUUUCACAAUUGAAGAUGGACUCGUUGUUGUUGGCGUGCACAGUGCUAAAUUUUCGAACGAGCGAGAUUCGACGAAAAUCUUGUCCGCAGUUCAAAGGUACAACAUAGCACAUCCAGUUGUUAACGAUGCAAAGAUGACAAUGUGGAGAGAUAUUGGAAUAUCCUGUUGGCCGAGUCUUGUUAUAUUGGGACCAGAAGGUCAGCCUCUGUUCAUUUUAGUAGGAGAGGGUCACCAAGAAGAGUUAUUACUUUACGUUAAAGUUGCUUUGUCCUAUUUUAAGUCUCUAGACCAAAUAUCAAAUCGCUCUCUACCAUUGAAACCAGCACAGCAUUUAUUGCCGGCGUCAAAAGACGUUCUUCUAUUCCCAGGAAAGAUUCACACUUUCGAGAUGAAAAAUACAGAACAGGUGAUCGUAUCCGAUACUGGAAACAACAGAAUUUUAAUUAUGGAUAACAAUGGAAAGGUUGAACACGUGAUUGGUGGAUACGCACCUGCCUUUAAAGAUGGAAAUUUUGAAAAUGCCAGGUUUAACGCACCACAAGGCAUUUGUGCUAUCGAUCAAUCGAUUUUCGUUGCAGAUAGCGAGAACCACGCUAUCAGAAAGAUAGAUUUGAGCACUAGAAGUGUUAGCACUGUGGCUGGUAUCGGCAGCCAAGGCCAGGAUUACACAGGCGGAAAAUUGGGAAAAGAUCAAGAAUUGUCAUCUCCUUGGGACGUUGCAAUUUAUCGACACAGUCAGGGUGAACGCACAGUGCCUGUUCUAUUAAUUGCAAUUGCUGGAACUCAUCAGAUUUGGGCUUUGUUCUUAGAAGACACAACCUGGUGGAAAAAUAAGGAAUACAAGGCUGGUACUUGUGUUGCUAUUGUUGGGAAUGGCCGGGAAGAAAAUCGCAACAAUUGUUAUCCUCAUGCUGCAAGUCUUGCACAGCCAUCGGGUCUGGCUGUUGCUCAAGACUUUGACACUGUUUAUUUUGCUGAUAGUGAGAGUAGCACUGUCAGGAGUGUCCACCUGAAAGAUGGAAAAGUUUCUGCAGUGUGUGGAGCCGAUAAGAAUCCAUCCAAUUUACAUAAUUUUGGAGACGUCGAUGGGAAGCAGUAUGCGGCCAAACUUCAGCAUCCAUUGGGUGUAGCUUGGAGUCGUACAGAAGGGAUUUUGUAUGUAGCGGAUACUUACAAUCACAAAAUCAAGAAAGUGGACCCCGAAGGAAACUGUACUACCGUGUAUGGAGGUGGAAAACCGACGAACGAGCAUACCUUCGACGAACCAAGCGGUUUGGCUAUCACGCGUAAUGGUGAGAUUCUCUAUGUUGCCGACACGAACAAUCACGCGAUCAAAGCCAUUAAUCUCAAGGAUGGAAAGGUGUCAACUGUGUCCGUUUCCUUGCCCGAAGAAACUGGCGGCGCAACAGAUUAUACUUCCAAUUUUGACACCGCAAUUAGCACGUCGGGUGGAGACUUUUCCUUUGCAUUCGAUAUCUCAUUUAAAGAUAACUUGAAACUGAAUCCUGAAGCUCCUCAGAGAUGGUCCUUGAUUUUACCUUCAAAUACUUGGAGCGCGACUAGCCUUAGUGGAGAUAUAAAGGAUUCUAUAAACGUUAAAAUACCGAGGGGCGAACAGCGGGCGAAGCUGUGCAUCAAUUUCGACAUAGUUGCUUGUAGAAGCGAUGAAUGUAUACCAAAGAGAAUGACUGUGGUUUUCAAUGUCCUGCGGCAGUCCGACGCCGCGUGUAAGGUGGUUGAAAAGAAACAACUGGAAAUUAAAUGACGAGCCAACGAUUCGGCCGCUAGUACUUAGUUUUACACAAUAGUAAAUUAACGGGCCAACCCCGUAAUUUGUUACGAUAUUGAAGAACUAUUUCCUCUUAAGAUAUUUUUUAUAUAGAGGGUGCGCGGUUUUGCGGUACGCUUUUUAGCGAUCAUUACGUAUACAUAGACUUACUAAUGAAUUUUUAAACGAUGUUUUUACUGAAUAAAUACUUUAACGUUU